UGAAUUCUCUCCUCUUACUACAACCCUCGAGGGCUCACACCCUCGAACUACUUGUGCGUGUAUAUAAGGCUGGGCGCUAGCAUCAUCAGCCAAGAUGACCACUGAAUUCCUUAGAGUGGAGAAGUACCUGAGUGUGAAGAGGAUGGAGGUGCAGCCGGAGCUGUCACUCGGGCCGACCUGGCCAGCCCCGGGGGGCUUCGCCUCCACCAAGAGCUCUUCGUCGGAGUCAGACGGCAGCUCCAGGAAGAAGAGGAAGCACUUCACCUGGGAGGAGCCCGUGUCGCACGCCAACCUGGAGCUCCAGCUCAAUGACCCCCUGCCCCUCGACUGGGAGCAGUGCCUUGACCUCCAAUCUGGAAGGAUGUAUUACCUGAACAGGAAGACCAUGAAGAAAAGCUGGAUGAGGCCCAAGGAGCAGAGCGUGAACCUGGAGCUCAACAUCUCGACGACCCAGGCCAGCGCCGUCCCCACCAUCGACGGAAGCACCGGAGCUGCUACCCCAGUUGCUGCUGUUGCAGAGGAGACAAAGAAGGGCACCGUCGUCAGCUCUGGACCUGGAGGCAACAUGGUGGCCGUGCCGUGCGCCAACUGCCACCUCCUGGUCAUGCUCUGCAAGUCUUCCCCCUCCUGUCCCAACUGCAAGUUCGUGCAGGCGUUGGCGCCACCACCGGCCAUGCCACACCGCAAGCUCGACGCCGUCAAGCCGCUGGAGACCCUGAGCCUUCUCCACUAGGGCAGUCUAUCUAGCUGGUGCUUCCAUGCAUGCCCCCGUGCUCAAAGGGCAGGUGGCUGUUGAAAGAAAAACCCUAGCAGCACGUGGGCAAUUAGUACUGUUUGGGGGGGGGGGUGAUUAUUGAUCACUAUAUAUGUUAAUCCAGGGCCUUGACAUAGAAUGGUGAGGGGAGGAGACAAUAUAAAUGUAUUAUUAAUUAAUCAAUUAGUUAAUAGUAAUGGUGAUAGAUGUGCUAGCUAGCUA